AUGGUGGAUAUACAGCCAUCGGAUGCCCCUCUAAACGGCGUCGCGGCGCCCCUCGCGGUUGCUUCAUCCGAGACCGUUGGAUCCAAACGCCAGAGACGUGCCAGCGUUCGCUUAGGCGACAUCGGCGGGGACCAACCUUACGAUUCUCAUUUCCGACGCUCCUCCUCCUCUUCCUCCGCCGCCGCUUCCAAGCAGUGGAAACACCAACCCCAUCUCUCCUUAACUCCCUCAGUCGCCACUGCGACUGCUAAAUCGUCCAAGACUCGCGCCCUAACCAACCUCAGCACCGACUUCAACGCCAACAACGAAACCGUCGAUAACGAAAGAGAACCUAACAAUAACACCAAUUUGGACGCUGUCGCAAUUAGUAGUUGGAGAGUCAAGGAUCUCAAGAAACGGGGCCCCGCUACGAAACGGGUUCGAUCCAAUUGGGUUCCUAAAUUCGACGAUUCCAGCGGCGGAAACGUCAAUAUCAACGGCAACAACAACAACACUAACAGCAAUAAUGUGGAAACCGAGGAAAAAUACAGUGGCGGCGAAGAUAACGAUGAUUUCGAGUUGGAGAACUCGGAAAGUCCCAUGAAAGACCACAGUCCGAUACAUUCUUUGGAUAAUUUGCUGGUGGAUGGCAAUGAAAGGGAAGUUCUUUAUCAUGGGAGUAAUCACAGGAGGCCAAUUCGGACUCGGGUUUCUGAUGGGGUGGAGUUAUCUGGGCCAUCAGAUACCGAAAUGAGACGGUGUGAGGAAGAUGGGGUUAGAAUAUGGUUGAAUAGUUUGGGGUUAGGAAGGUAUGCCCCGGUUUUCAAAAUCCAUGAAGUGGACGAUGAGAUUUUGCCAUUGUUGACAUUAGAGGAUUUGAAGGAUAUGGGAAUAAAUGCAGUUGGUUCUCGAAGGAAAAUGUUUUGUGCAAUCCAGAAGCUUGGCAAAGGCUUUUCCUGACUUUUUUGAGUUAUGGUUAUUGGGUUUCUGAAAGCAUUAUUUUUAUCAGCCAUGGAGAUAAAGGAAAUUGCCUUCAAAUCUGUCUUGGUGAGAACAGUGUUAAAAUGGAAGCUGAAAUGAGGGAGGUAUGGUUCUGUACUCCAAUUCUGGUUUCUCAUUGAGAAGUUGAUAUGCUAGACUUGGGUAGGUUCAUGAAUCUUUUCUUUUUUUUUUUCUUAAGAUUAAGAGUGCAUUUUGUGAUAUAUCAUUUUACUUUCUUAGAAAUUUAAUUAAUGGGAUACAUUUUGAGAAUGUAAUUUUUAUUCAGGAAGGAAAAUUAUUUUUCCUCUUAUUUAGUUGGAAAGUUUGAACUUCAUGUAAAAUUUUAAAAUUUAAUCAAAUAUUAAUUUUGAAAUAA